ACUAGGGCUACUGGGCUAGCCGUACCGUCGUCUCUUUCAUUCCAAGCCAAGAUGUUGGCUGCUACGUCUUCUUCUCCGAUCGCUAUUCCUCCCUUUUUUAAUAAGCUUAACAAGGCAAUCCACAUAGAUUCCAAGAAAUCCGUACGGUUGCCGUCCCUGGUUUCUUCUUCUUCUUCUUCCAAAUUACUCCACACGAGUUUUCAAUCGUUCCUCUCAAUUCCAUCAUCGCAUGAUGAUCGGGUCGACCAUUGUGCUCGACUACGUAAAUGUAAUAGCACUACCGUUAUUAGGUCUUUCUACUCUCGCGCCUCUGUCAGGGACGAGGAGGUCUCUUCGCUUGGGAAGAAAUUGUUAGAUAAAGACUAUGAUGAAGAAGAUGAUGGUGGUGAUUUGGAAGAAUACGGCCGGAUCGAGGAUAUGCCACAAUUACAUGCAGUUGUCAUGGUAAUUUGUACUACUGCAGAACCGGAUGUAUCAUCACCGUGGAGAAAGGAACAAAACGACUCUUAUGGUAGGGGGUUAAUCUUGAGUGGGAGAAGAGUGUUAACUACUGCUCAUUCAGUGGAUCACCACACUCAAUUGAAAGUUGUGAAAUAUGACUUUGGUACAGAGUAUACAGAGUAUACAGCUACAAUGCUUGCUAUAGCACCUGAGUGUGAUCUUGCAAUUCUAACAGUCAAUGAUGAUGAAUUCUGGAAUGGAGUUAAGCCAGUGGAGUUCGGGGAUAUGCCAUCACCUGGGGAUAAAGUGAUCAUUACUCGCCUUCGAGAAGAUAGAGAUUAUUUGCCUUUGGUUACUACUUGUGUAUUGAGCUCGGGCAUGACACGCUAUUCGUUUUGGGGCACCGAACUUCUGGCUUUUCAGAUCAAUGUAGGCUUGUCAGGAGCGACUUGCAGUGGACCUGCUUUUGAUGAAAGAUGCAAAUGUGUAGGAUUGAAGCUUCAGUCCGAAAACUACAAAAGUGAUUUUAUACCUGCGGAAGUUAUUAAGCACUUCAUUCAAGACUAUGACAAGCAUGGAGCAUAUACUGGACUCCCACUACUUGGCAUCAAGUGGCAAGAGAUGGAAAAUCUUUAUCUGCGCAUGUUAAUGAAUAUGGAACAUGAUGAACAAGGCGUCCUUAUUACGGAAGUCAAGCCUAACUAUCCAGAAUCUGCGAUUCUAAAACCAAACGAUGUUAUUCUCAGCAUUGAUGGGAUUAACAUUAAUAAUGAUGGAACAGUUCCAUUUUUAAGAGGACGGAGGAUAGAAUUCAGUUAUCUUAUUGGCAAGAAAUAUGUUGGCGAUAAGAUUGUUAUUAAAGUGCGCCGAGGUUUCGAGAUAUGUGAAUUCAUUACAGAACUCGCAACACACAUUCAAUUCGUCCCGGCCAACAUAAUUGGGAGGCCUCUUCGGUAUUACAUUAUUGGAGGAUUUGUUUUCACAACUCUUUCUUUUCCGUACAUGCAAGUUAUGGAUGAUAGGUACAAUGAUGAUGAGAGGCCAGACGAAGACGAGCUUUUAUUCCAGGCUUUAUACGAAGAGCGUGUUGUGCUUCUUGAGGUGCUUAAAGCUGACAUCAAUGCUGGGUAUGAGACGGAGUUUACACUGCAGAAUCAGGUUCUCGUCACUUUCAAUUAUAAGCCUGUUGAGGGACUAAAUAGCUUGGUCAGUAUGGUAGAGACUUGUAAUGAGGAUUUCAUGAAGUUCACAUUUGGAAACAAGAAGACUUUGGUAUUGCCGACAAACAUUGCCAGAUCAAGAACUCCGGAUAUCCUUAAAGCACACUCUGUAAGUUGUGAUAUGUCUGAUGAUCUGAAGAAAUUAGUGAAGUUGACUCGAGGCGAAGAAAGUCAAGUAUGUAUAUGAAAUUUGAACAGUUUCGGGGGAGCCAGAAUUUCUGUCAAACAUUUGUCAUUCUUUUUCCCUUUUUAAGUUGUUGAGUAGGAAGGAAAUGUUUUCGGUACCAACUGCUGUACUGCUUAAUGUGGUUUGUGUUGAUGCUUUGCUUGAGUUAGAUCCUUGGAUUUAUUUAUUUUGUUGUGAAACCUUGGAAUUUUUCGAGAGAGGAGACAUUAGAAAACUCAAUUUGUUAA